CCAGCCAGCCAGCCAGCGGGAAGUGCCGGGGCAGCGCAGGAAACCGCAGCGGCCGAGAGAAGCGGCAGUGGGAACGUCUUGACUGCCUCUCCCGCCCCCAAAUCCCCACCCCCAGAGAUCCAGGCUGAAGAGUCCCCGAUGAAGCCCAGCGCGCCGGGGCUGCGACCACCCCCGCGGGACCCUCUUCCUCUCAGUUGAAGGACAGGACUUUUUGACGUCAGGCAUUUCAAGCACUGGCUUCCUCAGAUGGGGGUCCAGUACAGCCGAGUGAGACCCAGAACCCCUAGAGGGAGAAGCAGCGGGGCUGCAGCGUCGGCAAGAUGCCUGGAUUUCAUGCUGGGGAGAAGCCCACUCUUCAAGAGAAUAUUUCACCUAGACCAGACACGGUGCUUCUUGGCAUCUCCACUCAGGUACUUCACCCAUUACCCGGGAAUGUUACAAGAGGCAACAUCUCGGCCUGCUUCCCCCAAGCCAAAUCAGAGAGUGCCGAAGAACAUAGCAACUUCUGAAGCCAUCCAAAGACACAAGAAAAGUCUGGCGGAUUGGUUUCGCCGCCAACCCAACGAGGAGAGACAGUUUGGACCAUCAUUUGCCCUGGACGCCAUCCACGUCGAUCCAGUGAUCCGGGAGAGCUCCCUAGAGGAAAUCUUGAAACCUUCUCCAGAUCUGACAAUCCAGAACCAGCUCCAAGGCUCUUGCUGUCAUACCAUUGGUCUCCAGAACCUUUUUGACCAGGAUCCAUGCGGGCAAGAAGUGAAGAAUGUGGUCCUCUAUGGGACAGUGGGCACCGGGAAAAGCACCCUCAUCAAGAAGAUGGUGAUGGACUGGUGUCACGAGCGCCUUCCUCAGUUUGAGCUGCUCCUUCCCUUCUCCUGUGAAGACCUUUCCCAGGGCAACAGUCCCGUGUCUUUGCGCCGUCUAGUGACCAAGAAAUACCUCCACCUCCGGGAUGUGGCCCCAUUGCUUGGCUCCAGCAACCUCAAGAUUCUUUUCAUCCUCAAUGGCCUUGACCGUCUCAACCUAGACUUUCGCCUGGCCCGCACUGACCUUUGCUGUGACCCCAAUGAACCCCUCUUGCCAGCUGCCAUUGUCGUCAACCUGCUCAGGAAGUACAUGAUGCCCGAGGCCAGCAUCAUUGUCACUACUCGCCCUUCGGCAGCACGCCGGAUCCCCAGCAAGUUUGUGGAUCGCUACGUUGAAGUCUGUGGCUUCUCGGACCUCAACCUCCAGAAGCUUUACUUCCAGAUGCGCCUACGGCAGCCUGAGUGUGCCAGAACCGCUGGUCCCCCCACGGCAGAGCAGGCCAAUGAGCAGGACAACCUCGUGGAGAUGCUCUCAAGGAAUCUGGAGAGGCACAACCAGAUUAUGGCCGCCUGCUUCCUUCCUUCUUAUUGCUGGUUGGUGUGCACGACCUUACACUUCCUGUAUUUUACCAAGACGGUGCCUCCCACUCAAACUCUGACGGGGAUCUACACCAGCUUCCUACGGCUCAACUUCAGCGGGGAAGUGCUGGACAGCACCGAUCCCUCCAACAUCUCCAUGAUGAAGUAUGUGGCCAAGACAAUGGGCAAGUUGGCCUACGAAGGGGUGAUGUCCCGACAGACUUGCUUCACGGAGAAGGACCUCCGCCGCUGUUUUGAGGUGGAGAUGAAGACGGAGAGUGAGCUGAACCUCCUGAACACCUUCCGGAGUGAUGUUCUCCGCUUUUUCUUGACCCCCAGUGUUCAGUCAGGCAAGGAGCACACUUUCGUCUUCACUAUCCCUGCCAUGCAAGAGUACCUGGCUGCCCUUUACGUGGUCUUGGGGGAGAAGAAGACCCUGGUGCAACAGGUGGGCAAGGAAGUCUCUGAAAUCAUUGGGAAAGUCAGCGAGGAUGUGGCCCUGGUGCUCAGCGUGGUCUCCAAAUUCUUGCCGUUGCGCAUCCUGCCCCUUCUCUUCAACCUCAUCAAGAUCUUCCCCCGCUACUUCAGCCGGUUCAGUACCAAGGACCGGGACACCAUUGCCCGCACCAUGGCCAUGGAGAUGUUCAAAGAGGAGGACUACUUCAACGAAGAUGUUCUGGACCAGAUCAACAUCAGCAUUCUUGGGGUGGAAGGUCCCAUGCGCCACCCGGAUGAGGCUUCCGAUGAUGAGGUCUUUGAACUCUUCCCCAUCUUCAUGGGUGGGUUGCUGUCCCGGCGUAACCGGGCCAUCUUGGACCAGCUGGGCUGUCCUAUCAAGAACCUGGCUGUUUUUGAGAUUGCCAAGGCCAUGAAGAAAACGGUCAUCCGGAAUAGCCGUAAGGGCUUGCCGCCAUCCGAGCUGAUGGACUACCUCUUCUUUCUACACGAGUUCCAGAACGAACGUUUCACAGCGGAGGCGGUCCAAUCCUUGAGGACCAUCAACCUCUCCACAGUGAAGAUGACCCCUCUCAAAUGCGCAGUCCUGGCUUCGGUUUUGGGUACCACGAGCCACGGCGUUGAGGAGCUAAAUCUUGCCUCUUGCCACCUCGAUGUGGGCAGCCUGAGAACCCUCUUCCCCAUCUUGCUACGAUGCAAGAAACUCCAUUUGCAACUCAACAGUCUGGGCCCAGAGGCAUGUAAAGAGAUCCGGAAUCUACUUCUGCAUGACAAAUGUGUGGUGGACACCUUGCGCCUUGCAGACAAUCCAUUGACGGAGCAAGGGGCCACCUACCUUGCUGAAGGCUUGGCUGGCAACAGCUCUUUGAGAAACCUCUCACUCCUUCACACCUCCUUGGGGAACCAAGGUGUGAAGGUGAUCACCCAGCACCUGGCUCAGAACCAGCAUCUACAGGAGCUUGACGUGGCCUACAAUUCGCUGACAGAUGAAGCUGCGUUGGCCCUGGUUGAGGAGGCCAAGAAACACACAACACUGGAAACUGUGCACUUGUACUUCAACGAGAUCAGCGAAGGAGGCAAGGAAGCCCUGCACGAAUUGCGGAAAAACCGGGAUGGCCUCCGGGUGCUCAUUUACCUGACCAUGGGAGCGGAUGUGUCUGACUACUGGGCCAUCAUCCUCAACGUGGUCCAGAAGAACCUGCCCAUCUGGGAUCGGGAGCGGGUGAAGCAACAUCUGGGGCUGCUCCUGGAAGAUCUUCAGUGCAGCCGCCGAGAGACGGUCAACCCUUGGAAGAAACUCAAGUUCAUGAGAGUGGAAGGGGAGGUCAAGAGGAUGUUGGGUCACAUGCAGAGGGGCGCCCUUUGACCCUCAGUUCCUGGGAGCGAUCUGGAAACAAAGCACGGGAUUCCUACCACUCCACUGAAGCACCAGUUGGUUCGAAUGCCACAGCAAAUCUGGUGGGCCACCAUAGGUAACUGGACAAGGUUGUCUUUCAGUUAGCGGAUCCCACCUCAGGGGUCUUCUGACAUUGUUAGGAGACUAAGUUGGCGGGUGCUGUGGACCAGAGUGUCCAUCUUUGGCAUCUAGAAGACCGGUGGGCCUCCACUUCCAGCAUUCUCCAGCCAGCCAUGUUAUGGGGAAUUCUGGGAGAUGAAGUCCUCCAAGUCUUAAAGUUCCCCAAGUUGGACACCCCCACCCCCACCCGCCCCGCCGUAGAUGCAUCUGCCGAUCAAAGACUGAAUCGGAUCUCUCUCUCACGUAGCAGGUGGUUUGCCUUAAUGUCAACUCUUUAUACUUUCUGGUUGAAAUCAGCCUUUGAUAUCUGUUGCCUUCCAGGCAGGUUGGACUACACUGCCCAUCACUUCCAGUUGGCCUGGGUGCAGGCGGAUACAUCUGGAGGGAGUAAGAGGAGGUUUCCUUCAGAUUUUUUGUGCUUUUGCAGGAUGUGAUGAGCCUUUUUUCUAACA